CCCCAGAUCACAGAUCCAUCGUUCAACCAGCUACACCAACAUCCUCCCUCUCUUCGAUACCUUGCGCACGACUCUGCCUAUCCAUUAAAUCUCCAGCAAUCAUUCUGUGCCUCAAUCUAGGUUCUUUAAAGCUUGAAUUCAUCUCACCUCCACUUUCCUCAAGCCUGCGCCAGUCAUGGCUGACCGGUACUCAUUCUCCCUUACCACAUUCUCGCCCAGCGGAAAACUUGUCCAGAUAGAAUAUGCUCUCAAUGCAGUCAAUCAAGGUGUCACCUCGCUGGGCAUCAAAGCAACUAAUGGCAUUGUCCUCGCAACUGAGAAGAAGUCCUCAUCACCGCUGAUCGAUGCCCCCUCAUUAUCGAAAAUCUCCCUGAUCACACCCAACAUUGGCAUGGUGUACAGCGGCAUGGGCCCUGACUAUCGAGUCCUCGUUGACAAAGCACGAAAAGUAUCACAUACGAACUAUAAGCGCAUCUACAACGAAUACCCUCCAACUAGGAUCUUGGUUCAAGACGUUGCCCGUGUGAUGCAAGAAGCGACACAAUCUGGCGGUGUUAGGCCGUACGGCGUUAGUCUCCUGAUUGCGGGAUGGGAUGAUGGCAUCGAGCCUGAAACUGCCGAAGCAAAAGAGGGAGAGUCAGAAGCAGAAGCCAAACUUGCAAGCAGGAAGACUGGCGGCAUUCUCAAGGGGGGGCCCAGCUUGUAUCAAGUCGACCCCAGUGGCAGCUAUUUCCCUUGGAAGGCCACAGCUAUCGGCAAGAGUGCUACUAGCGCAAAGACCUUCUUGGAGAAGAGAUACAAUGAUUCCCUGGAGCUCGAGGAUGCCAUCCACAUUGCACUAUUGACUUUGAAAGAGACAAUUGAAGGCGAAAUGAACGGCGACACUGUUGAAAUUGGGAUCGUUGGUGAACCUGCCAACCAUCUACUUGGCGUUGAAGGCGUCGAAGGAGCUACUGGUCCCAGAUUCCGGAAACUGUCCAAGGAAGAGAUAGAAGACUAUCUGACAAAUCUUUGAGGCAGCGUGUCACAACAGAAGAUUCUCAGUUGACCUAAGGAGCAAAUUUUAAACGCCUGUUCUGCGUGCCUUCAGCUUGGGCGGAGUGUCAUCCAAGGAGAUGACAAAUUCUUUAUGCAUAGCAAUGGCGUGGUGUGGAAAACGAUCGCGAUCUACUACCGACAUUUCUGUCCAUGAGAUUAGCAGUGACAUGUUUGUGAAGUGAACUCCGCGCCUAGAAGUUGAGUCUGCGUUUCAAGGCCCACAGGCAUAUGCCCAGCAGCUAUCCCACGGUGACACGGGGAUCGACAUACAUUUG